AAGGUAGAGAGGAGAAAGAAGGAACUAUCCAGGCUGAGCAGCAGGAAGGGGCCCUUACCCAUCAUCAGCCUCCUGCUGCUACUGUUGCUUCUGACCCCAGACCCUGCAGCAGCAGCGCUACUGCCAUCCAGCACUACCUGCUGUACUCAGCUCUACCGACAACCACUUUCAAACACACUACUGAGGAAGGACAGGGUGUAACUGCAGGAGGCUGAUGGAGACUGUCACCUUCAGGUUUACAUGCUUCACUUGUCUCGACGCAGCACCUGCACUCACCCCCAGAACCGCAGCCUGGCUCCCUGGUUUGAGCGCCAAGGGAGGAAGCUCCAGGGCACUCUGCCCAACCUGAAUUCUGGGCUGGUAGGAAAAGUGGGCCAGGACCCCCAAUAGCCAAAAUAAUAAAGCAGCAUUGAACAACGGUCUCUGGUUGUGCUCUCCAAAUUCUAUGCAUCCUCCUGUGAGCCCUGAGUCUGAAGCUGGGAGACACGUCAAUAAACAGAAGAACUUCCUCAUUCUCUUUAUUCACACCUUCACAACCCCCACCAGGGGCAAGGCUAAGAACCAAAGACGCACACACACCCCCAGGUACCUACAUACAUACAUACA